AUGUCUCUAGAGAACUACGAGGUUAACUCAGGAGCUGGUCACGGUGGACAAAUCUAUAAAUCAACUUUCCUCAGCAAAGACAAGGCUUUCGGGGUCCUAAUUAAAGGCAUACACACAGAUAUUGCCAUUAAAAGUUACAGGAAUCGUGCCUUAUUGAUUGUAAGUCAGUUUGAGAAAUUUGGUUCCAUAAUUACGGUGACUCGAGAGGAGUCUGCCAAAAGUGAUGUCUACACAGUGAAAACGAUAUUGGGUAAAGAUGACGACCAGACUCACGUAGCAGCUCGAUACAUAGCAGAACAAAUAUCAAUUGAAAAGCCAUUGCUGUUAUCGAUUUGUUUGAAAGAUUACGGAAUAGAUACAUUGAAACUAAUCGUGGCUGCUAUUAAAAAGGCUUAAUCAUUUACAAU